CUUUGAAAUAGUUAUACUUAAACCAUACAACGGUGCUUAAAGUCUGUUCUUUAGUACACAUGCUAUUAUGGAAGACCCUGAAGGGUCAUUAUGUGCUACUUGCAAAUCUAGUUUCGGUAUGUUCAAUGAAAUGGAACACUGGGGGAAAAUCGCGCAUCACCAGAAGUACUCUGAUUUAGUGACGAGUAAAGAUAUCGGCUGCUUCGUCUGUACCUGGAUCUGGUCAAGGUGCCCGCCCCAAAUGCACGAAGAGGGUGUCACAGAGGACCCUAAUGAACAGUUUACAAUUAACUACUUUCUUUUCGUUGGGAUGUAUGGGGAGGGCUACGAGUGUCGCGUAACAUUUGGUAUCUCAUGUUCAUGGGCUGCCGACUAUGAACUUACUGUACGCCUAUCUACUAGCGAUGAACAGCGAAACGCAUAUCAUGGUAUGGUGGCCCGGCCGUGGGAAAAGCUCGACCCUUAUAUAGGAUCUUCUCAGUCCUUGGAAAAUGUACAACGCUGGAUUUCGUCGUGUGAGGAAAGUCACAAAGACCUUUGCAGAUCCCCCACGGAAGCUGGAGCUUUCUUUCCAACUAGAAUACUCGAUGUCCAAAAGGCGUGCUUUGGUACUGUCUUCUUGAGGAAUAGAGACGAAGCGAUGGGCCAACGCGAUUCUGGAAAGGAAGACUUGUGCUGCCAUACGCCAACUUCUACUUCAGUACACGUGUAUCCUGUAUAUUGGACUCUUUCUCAUCGUUGGGGAGACCCGAGUAAAAUUAACCAGCUCAAUAAGGAAACGGAACACCAACUUCGCGCUGGCAUACCCCUUGACGAGCUAUCACCAACUUUUCGCGAUGCGGUCCUUUUUGUCCAUCGCUUAGGCUAUAGAUAUCUCUGGAUAGACUCGCUAUGUAUAUUCCAAGACUCGGACGCUGAUUGGCGAAGAGAAGCAGAUACAAUGGUUGACGUUUAUCGCUACUCAUUUUGUAAUAUAUCGGCGAUUUCACCAUCGGUUGACCCAUCACUUGGCGGUCUAUUUCGCCAAAGAAUGGACAACGUGAGGUUUUUAUAUCCAUUCACAACUAAUAUUAGCAUUCGUAUACCUAAGCUAUCGAAACUUGACUCCGGCCCAUGGAUAGGCUGGAAUGACUCAAUCUGGGCAGACGAGAUCGAAGGUGCGGCUCUUCACACUCGAGGAUGGGUUGUACAGGAGCGUUUCUUGUCUACUCGUACUAUCUACUUCACACGAAAUCAACUUUAUUGGGAGUGCUUGGGAGGUACCCAUUGCGAGGCCGAUAUUAUGAUCGGGUUGGUGAAUUCCAGAAAGAUCAAUGAUAAAGACUUUACGCAGCGAAAGCUAGGAUAUGGAUAUAAGGAUUCGAGGAAGGAGAUUAUCAAAAAGAAAGCAACUAUUAAAGCUCGAGGGGGGCGGAUGGAGCUGUACUCUGACGGGGGAAUAAGCCCUUUCUUUUGGCAUACUAUUCUCUCGACAUACACGGCUUGUAAUCUCACAAAAAAUUCGGAUAAACUCAUCGCUCUGUCCGGUAUUGCUAAAGAAUUCCGAGCCGCCACCGGCGAUACAUAUCUAGCUGGUCUGUGGAAGCAGUCACUACACUAUGGUCUUUUGUGGAGAAGUGAGACUAAGGGAGGAACCCGGGUUCAACGAAACGAAUCUUAUGCUCCGUCCUGGAGUUGGGCUUCGGUGGCGGCCGUAGGGACGGGGAGUGGGGUCAAACUAUAUGAUAUUUAUAGGAGACAGGUGGACUCGUUAAUACAAGUGACUGACGAAAGGAUCGUGGCAGAGCCUCCUGGUGGGGAUACCACUGGUCUCCUUCGAUCCGCAGAGAUCGAUAUUAAAUGCAGACUGAUCUAUUUUCAAUACGAAAAUAAGCCUAUGCUUAUGAAAUUAUACAUUGACGAAGGGAAGACACAAUGCUACGGCAGAUUCACGUGGACGGACAUAUGUUUCGACAUGUCAGAUCGAGCAGAAAGAUUGGCAGAAGCAGAAGUUAUCGAAGGCACUUGUAUACCGAUAUGUAAAGUGGAAGAUGAAUCUCUUUUUGUGCUCGUGCUAGAGAAUGUGGAAGGAAAAAAGUUUCAACGAGUUGGCAUCUCACAGUGUGACUGCAGAGGCUAUGAUAUAGGGGGAUUUUCGGAUGAGUGGAAGGCUUGGUGGAUUGAUGGCGCUAUGAACAAUUUGGCUGGACUAAUCACUCUUGUAUAAUACGAUUGUCCAUUCAUUGACCGGGCAUAGUCGGUUUGGAAUUAAAAGCACGCAUAUUAUGACUGCCCGGCCAUUUUGAGCGUAUUUGAAUUAUAUGGCAAUAAUAAUGAUAUAUACCUACGACGAGAAGAAUAUUUAUGUACUUAAGCUGUAUAAGAAGAUAACAAGUCACCAAAAUUGGACCGUGCUUUUAAUAUCAAUAAUAGAAAGC